ACUUUUUUUUUUUUUUUUUCUCCAACAUUUGUGGCACUGGCGUGGCGCCCCCUGAUGGACGGCGCCCUUAGCAUUUGCCUAUACGGCCUAUGCCACGGGCCGGCCCUGGCUCCUAUGACGUCAUGUUGCAGUUUAAUGUGUGUUGAGGGAAUUGGUAUAAAUUGACAUUUGUUUUAUUGACGAUGAUUGUGUUGAGAUGAAAUGUUUAAUUUUAAGUACAAAAAAAAAAGGGGCGGGGGUCCGGUGCACCAGGCUGGCACCGAGCUGAUUUGGGAGGAUGUAGCCGGAGAAGGACGCAGUGUGGGCGGGUUAACGCACGCCGAUCGAAGGAGGGAGGGGGGGGAUGCCAGCGUAACAUACUCACUCCAUCUCUCCUCUCCUACACAGACAAGCAAACAAGGACACCGCUCCCGUCGUCAUUUGCCAGCCUUCUCUUUUCGUGUGUGUGUGUCAUUUCUUCCCACCUCCAUCUUCUGCCUACCGGGAGUUUGAGGUCCUGUUUAGCCGAGGCAGGCGCGUGAGAGGCGGAUGCUGUGCGAGGAGGCUGUGGGGUAUACACCGCCAUAGGAGCAUCAUCUCUUCAGCCUUCAACACGAUGGACAGAAUGACAUUUCUCUCAUUCUUCUUCCUUUGCUUGACUUCGGUUGCCAGUGGCAACAAAGCCAAUAAACACAAGCCAUGGAUCGAGACCGAGUACCAGGGAAUCGUUAUGGAGAACGACAACACCGUGCUCCUGAACCCGCCGCUCUUCGCCCUGGAUAAAGACGCUCCUCUGCACUACGCCGGUGAAAUUUGUGGCUUUAGGGUCCAUAAUGGCCCCUCAGGCUCAGGUUCUGUCCAGUUCGAGGCGGUGGUCCUGGACCGCUCCACUGGCGAGGGUCUGGUCCGCUCCAAGGAGCCGCUGGACUGCGAGAGCCAGCGGGAGCACAGCUUCACCAUCCAGGCCUACGAUUGCGGCGAGGGGCCUGAUGGAGUCAACAGCAAGAAAUCCCACAAGGCCACUGUGCACGUACGUGUCAAUGACGUCAACGAGUUCUCUCCCGUGUUUGUGGAGCGUCGCUACGAGGCGUCGGUCCCCGAGGGACGUCUCUUCGACCGGAUCGUACGAGUGGAGGCUCUGGAUGCUGACUGCUCGCCACAGUACAGCCAGAUCUGCUUCUAUGACAUCUUCACUCCCAAUGUGCCCUUUGCGAUUGACAAUGACGGCAACAUUAAGAACACUGAGCCGUUGGACUCCAAACGUCAGCGCGUUUACACCUUCUGGGUGACCGCUUUCGACUGCGGAAAGAACCGCGCUCAAGCUGAUGCGCAGGUCGUCGUCACGGUCAAGCCGUCCUGCAAACCUGGCUGGAUGGGUUGGACUAAGCGAGUGGAGUAUACGCCUGGAUCAGGUAGCAUCCCGCUCUUCCCCAGCUUGCAUUUAGAGACGUGUGAGGAGACCGUGUGGAACAUCCAGGCCACCGUAGAGCUUCAGACGGGCCACAUCGGCAAAGGCUGUGAUCGAGACAGCUACUCUGACAGAUCUGUGCGACGACUUUGCGGUGCUGUUCGGGGCGAGGUGGACCUUCUCCCGCCUCCGUCACCCGCCGCCAACUGGACGUCAGCUCUUCCCACGCUGCCCUCCUCGGAUUCCUCCCUGGUCUUCUCCUUUAACGGCUCAAACCACGUGGCUGUUGUGCCCGACUCGGUCGUCUCUGGGCUGUCUGGCGACCAUUUCACUUUGCAGCUGUGGAUGCGCAGGUGGGGCACCAACGUCCAGCCCGUGGCCGCUCAGCCUAAAGGGAGUCGCAAGGAGGAAGAGACCAUUGUGUGUGGCACCGUCAAGAAUGACGACUCGUUCUCCCACUAUUCCCUGUCAGUGCACGGCUGCCGCCUCUCUCUCUUCUACUGGCCCGACGUUUCCGCUGCACGCCCCGUCAAGUUCUUGUGGAAACUGGAGCAGGUAUGCGACAGCGAGUGGCACCAUCUGUCACUCAGCGUUCAGUUCCCUUCGGUGACCCUGUAUGUGGACGGUGUGACCUUUGACCCUGCCCUCAUCCACGACAAUGGUGCCCUGCCUAACCCGGUCCCCCGCCAGAGAAUGCUUAUUGGCGCCUGCUGGGAGUCAGAGGAGAAGCAGAAGGAAAUAGUGAACAACAGCAUUCCAGAAGUAAAGUACGUGGGAGGCUUCCACGGCCUCUUGUCGGGGGUGACGGUGCGUCCAGGCAGCGUGGAGCCUCACAGCGUGGUGGAGUGUCUCUACGCCUGCAGAGAGGGGCUGGACUUUGGAGACCUCGAGACUUUGGGCUCCGGAAUGAAGGUGCACGUGAACCCGAGCCAGUCUGUGUUGGUGCUGGAGGGGGAUGACAUUGAGAGUUUUAACCGUGCCGUGCAGCAGGUGACCUACAGAAACUCCCUACGCUUCGCCACGCCGGGAGUGCGACCCCUCAAACUCACCACCUCGCUCAGAUGUUUCAACGAGGAGAGCUGUCUGUCCCUCAAACCCCUGGAAGGGUACCUGGUGGUCCUCCAGCCCGAUGCUCCACAGAUCUCCCUGUCCGGGGUCGGCCCCCACCUGGCUCGCCCUGCUCCCGAGUUCGAAGGUCCCCGGGGCGUCCCCCUUUUCCCCGAGUUGCGCAUCGUCUGUUCUCUCACUCACGCCGUCAACACGGCUGCGCAGGGGAUGGAAGGCGGCGCGCUGAUGUCAGACGCCGUGGCCCACACUUUGGAUGGCUGUGAGGUCCAACCUUUGGGGGAGGAGCUUGACCCAGAGAGGGAGGAGCUUCUGUUGGAGAUGGACGUAGUCCGAGAGCGGGGCUUGGAAAUCAUCAAUACUACUGCCUACAUUGCCAUCACAGGUGCUGAAUCCAUCUCUGUGUAUGAGGACGUCCUUCGCUCAGUCCGCUACCGACUGUCCAGAAGCUCGUCCCGCUUCGAGAGACGGUUCCGUCUGUCCUGCUCCGAGAUGAACGGCAGAUACACCAGCAAUGAGUUGACUCUGGAGGUGAACUUCCUCCACUCCUUGGACAGCAUGUACCAUCCGUCCCACCUGAUGGCCUCCCAGCAACAGUUUCUCCAUCAACAUGCAGGCGAGCUGAGUGGGCACGCUCUGCCCAGCCAACAUCGCAACACAGUGGUACCUGGGGCCGCCACCGUCAUCAUCAUGGUGUGUGUGGGCUUCCUGGUCGUCAUGGUGAUCCUCGGCGUUUUCCGAAUCCGCUCCAUCCAUCGCCGCAGCGAGGAGGCCCGGGAAGCGGCGAAGGAGGGAGGCUGCCAGUGGGACGACUCCGCCCUCACCAUCAUCGUCAACCCCAUGGAGUCGUACGAGUCUCGCAUGGGCAUCUCUGCAGACACGGAGGGAGAAGGCGAGGAGGAGGAGGAGGAGGAUGAGGUGGCGGAGUCGCCUGACAACACCAGCGACGACCAGCGGAUCAUCAUCAAGAAGGAGGGGAGAGACGGCAACGCCCGCCGCUACUGAGCUAAAUGUAAACCCUGCACUCCCUUCUCAUGGAAACCACCGGUCACGAUACUUUUAUGAUCAUGUAAGGAAUGUAUACCUGCAAACACCAUGCACAACACAUCCAAUGUAAUAUACCCGGCCACACACACCACGCCAUACGUGACCUAUAGCCAACGACGGGGCGCUUGUUCUCCACUUAAAUGUUCAGUGGCACAAUGUACACAGUCAAUGUCAAAUAAUGGUGUCAGCCACCUAAAUAAUUUGUGGUGCAUUACAAUGGUAAUGUGUCUGUAUAGCGCGAUGCUGGAUGAAUGAGGUUGCGUUCUUUUUUUUUCUUCUUCUUUUCUUUUAAGAUUGUAUUGUGUUUGGUUAUCGACCACACAAUUUCAAUACUCGCUCUCCACAUGCAGACAAUGACUUACAAAGUCAGCGCACAAGCUGUCUCGUCCCUCCUCGCGAUCUCUCUCGACACAUUCCGUACCAAACUUACGUUUUGUAAAGCAUUCAUCAACAAAGAAGAAGUAGCGCCAUGUUGAAAAACAGAAAAAGGAUCAAUGCGUCAAAUUACCAGAAUGUAAGUAUGAGAAAACAGUAAAAUGCUAUUAAA